AUGAGCAUGGAGGGAUUUUUAAGUUAUUGGCGUGGCAAUUUGGCAAAUGUUAUUCGAUACUUUCCAACACAAGCCUUAAACUUCGCUUUUAAGGACAAAUACAAACAACUUUUCAUGUCUGGUGUUAAUAAAGAAAAACAGUUCUGGAGGUGGUUUCUAGCAAACCUGGCUUCUGGAGGGGCUGCCGGAGCAACAUCCUUAUGUGUGGUAUAUCCACUAGAUUUUGCCAGAACCCGAUUAGGUGUUGAUAUUGGAAAAGGUCCUGAGCAACGACAGUUCACAGGUUUGGGUGACUGCAUUAUGAAAAUAGCCAAGUCAGAUGGAAUUAUUGGUCUGUACCAAGGGUUUGGUGUCUCUGUUCAGGGUAUCAUUGUUUACCGAGCCUCUUAUUUUGGAGCUUAUGACACUGUUAAGGGCUUAUUGCCAAAGCCAAAGGAAACCCCAUUUCUUGUCUCUUUUAUCAUUGCUCAAAUCGUGACUACCUGUUCUGGAAUACUCUCCUAUCCCUUUGACACAGUUAGAAGACGUAUGAUGAUGCAGAGUGGAGAAUCUGAAAAGCAAUAUAAAGGAACCAUAGACUGCUUUCUGAAAAUAUACAAUCAUGAAGGAGGUGCUGCAUUCUUCCGUGGUGCCUUCUCCAACAUCCUUCGUGGUACAGGAGGUGCUUUGGUCUUGGUGUUAUAUGAUAAAAUCAAAGAGUUCCUCAACAUUGAUGUUGGAGGUAGUUCAUCAGGAGAUUAAGUUGAGAAAUGCAUAUUUCUAAUGUAAAAAAACAUGAAAAUUACAUUGCUGCCAUUUGUAUAUAUUUUGAUAGUGUGUUACUGCUGUCAGUGUCUCUUACAGUAUUUGUUCUACAAUAAAGAAAAGAUUUUUUUUCAAGAUUUUAGUAUUAAAAGUCAGGACAAAAAAUGGUCUUCUCACUUAAACCCAGAAUCAUAUAGUGAGGCAUUUUAUUAUAGAUAUUGUAUGUUACUUCUGUUUAAAAAUUUUUACACUUGUGAUAAACACCAUAUAAUGUGAAAUCUGAGAAAAUGUUUUUGAAGUUCAGUUUCCUUAGUACAUCAGUAAUCCCAUCUUUUAGAAAUUGUGCGGUAUGACAGUUGAAAAGCUGAUAAUGACUUAGUGACACUGUCAAACUAUUUGAAGAGUAUAGGUUGGGUUAUUUGCUAACGUUUAGUCUUGCUAGCGUAAGUAUAUCUUAGAAAAAGAAAUCUCUGAACAUUAGAUUUUGUAUUCUGUAUUGAUAAUAAAGCAAGUUCAAAACUAUUGUAAUGAGCCUUUUUGCCCCAGCUCUCAUGCAGGACACACACAGACACACACACUAACUUUACCUAUAAGCACACCAUAGAACAUUUUUGUUGAAGUGGAGCUGGCUUACAGCUAGCCAACAAAAGAUGUCUUCAAGCUGAAUAUAGUGGAAUGUGCACAUAAUCCUAGCACUGUAGAAGACUGAAGCAGGAGGAUCCAAAGUUCAAACAAGUCUGGCUUCAUAGAGACACCCUGUGUCAAACAUUUCUCUAAGGAGAAGGGUUAGAUGCUAUUUCCAAGGUUUUGUAGGAGACUCUCAUUUUUUCAGAGUUGUGAAACCAACUACAUUCAAAAUGUGCAAGAUUUUAAAGUUUGGUGGGUAAAAGAAUGUUAAGCUAGUAGGGAUAAACUAUUUUAUGGAAUUUUGUGAGGCUACAAGAUGGCAUAAUGGAGUAGAACAUUUUCCUGCUGCUUGGGCCAGAUAUAUUUCAGUGACAAUUAUUUAAAAUAAAUGGUCUUAC